UCGAAGCAUGCGGUCGUCGAAUUAGACGAAGAGAAAGAUGAAGAAGAGGAAAGACCUCUUAUAAGAAAAAGAAAGUUACCUGCGACUUCGACCAAGUCUGCUGAACAAACAGAGGCAGGCAAUUCCCAGGCUCAAAUGCCUAAAAAGAAAAAGAAAGUAAAGCAGGUCGAGCCUGAACCUUCUGUGGCUGUUGAGGGUGGUGAGCCAAUCAAGAAGAAAAAGAAAAAGACCAAGCCUUCAAAAGAACAAGGUGACAAUCAACCUGUUGACGUCCAACCACCUUCGACCGAUAUUGACGGCACUGAAGUAGAGGCUACUCCUUCUAUUGCUGAGAUGGGCAACCCUGUCGAUCAACCGGACUCACCACAAGAACAACCUGCCGUCGAGGUACAACAAAAUGUUUCUGUAGAAGAAAUACCCUCACAUGCUCGAACAUCUCCCGCUCCUGAGACGGAUGCAGUGAAUGUUGAGGAACAGGGUGAAGGUCAAGGCAUUGGAUCCAGCAGUCCUCAUGGAUCGAGUCAGAAAAGUUCAUCCGAAGAAAACUUUUCCGAUGAAGAGGCCAUAGAAGAGGCUGAAGCUGGUGGUUCGGACAUUUACCCGGCGUCUUCGACAUCUAAGCUUUCCGCUAGCAUAGGGAUCGCAGAAGAUACAUUCAUUCAAAUGCAAGACGAAGACCCUGCCGCAGCCCUUCGACUCCUGCUGAACACAAGUCAAGCCAACACCUCAAGUGAAAAGAUUCCUGGUGCUUCGUCCUCAUCUGAUGCCGAAAUAAACUCUUCAGUACGCCAAGAUUGCCUGCUCCUGAAGUUAUCAAUGGAAUACGCACGGGAAGACGUACUUAAAUCCAUUGAAGAGAACCCCUCUGCUGCUUUUGGGCACCUGAACUUUUUGAAGAAAUUGCACAACCCCCUUACCUCUGAUGAGAUUCUAGGCAAAGUUAUCCAAAUCGAGUCCAUUAUCGAUCAAUUUGCAAGUACUGUGCAGAAAAAACGCGAAAAUGGCGCCAGACUAGAUGCCCAGAAACAGGCACAUAUCCUUCUGCUCGAGAAAGCCCGAGCUGCUCAACAUGAAGUCGAACGUCUCACCAAAGAGGCAAAAGAAGGAUCUUCUGAGAUCAAAGCCUGCGAUGAUAACAUCUCCUCCUGGGAAGCAACUAUUAAGGAUUUGCUGUCUCAGGUCGAUGAUCUAAGGCAAAAAAUUGUGACAGAGCAGGCCAAACGCAAAGAACUCCAGGAGAAGGCCGCUAACUCGAUUCAGAAACUGGUUGCUGAAAAAGGGAGGGAAGGCCUGAAGGCCUUUAGCGCAUCUCAAGCUGUAGCAGAUGAGGCGAGAGUUAUGGAGAGUGCUGACCAGGUCUUAACUAAAGAGAUGGCCACCUUGAAGAAACUAUAUGAGGACUUGGUCAUGCAUUAGUAGAACUUAUAAUUUCUUUAU